AUGCCGGAAAAUUCGGUAGAUCAAACGGACAUGAGUUUAUUCCCGACGUUAUACAAAUUGAACCAAGCCUCAGACCUGAUUAAUCAUUUAAGGAUCAAGCUGAUGAAACAUUUUGGCUGGAAAAGAGUCGCAACAAUCAAGCAAGAUAAUAUCCACGUCAAGGACAUUGACAAUUUCCACUUCCUGAUGCGCACAAACAACAUGACAUUAGUCACAGCAUCUGAUGUCGUAGACAUGACAAUAAUACCUAAUAUAAUUACAACUAUAAAGAAUUUCGAUGCCAGGAUCAUUUUUGGAUCUUUGAGCUCGUAUGUGGCGAAUUAUAUAUUUUGUGAGGCUUUCAAACAAGGUUUAUACGGGCAGCGGUACGUGUGGAUCUUGACAGGACUGGAAUCUGGCUUAGAUCUAUUCCGCACUAACGAUUGCACACUUGAGGAGGUUGAAAUCGCUGCACACGGUCACUUUGAACUGCGAUUAAACCGGCUACUGGUUAGUUCGUCUCCCGAGCCAACUAUAACCGGACGGACUUCAAAAGAAGAAGUGGCUAAUUUAGAAACCAAGUUUUUCAAUUCAACAUUCGACAUGCCGUUAUACGGACCUGUGAUGUUGGAUACAGUAUGGGCUCUUGCUCUAGGUCUCAACAACAGUAUUAAAAACCUAAAUAAGCAAGGAAAGUCCCUAGAUAACUACUCUUAUAGUUACCAAAAUCUGGCUGCCAUCAUGAAAGGAAUGAAAGAAGUCGCGUUUCGUGGCGUCACGGGGCCGGUGUCCUUUGACAAGUUUCACAAUCGCAAUCGGAUCGGCACCUUGAACGUCACUCAGCAUUUUGCGUCAUCGACAAGGGAUAUAGCAUUUUAUGAUUGUAGAAAAGAUUCUCUACAUUGGUUCCUUCCACUUAAUUCCAUCUGGAAAGAUAAUUUCAUCCCAUCUGAUUCUGGUCGUAUAAUUAACAAAGAAAGGUUAAUCCCUAAGCCAUUAUACUUCACCCUUUGUGCAUUAGCAGGAGUUGGCAUACUUUUCACCAUCGCUUGUUUCGUUUUCAACGUUGUUUGGAGAAAACACAGGACAGUAAAAAUGUCAUCACCAAAUAUAAACAGCAUAAUUCUGAUUGGCUGUUUACUGAUAUAUGUAACUAUAGUUAUCAAGACAGCGGCAUCAGCAACCAAAGCAACUUGUGCGGUGCAAUUGUUUUGCUUCUGGAUAGGUUUCACUACCACAUUUGGAUCCAUGCUUUCCAAGACAUGGAGAGUCUACAGAAUUUUCACAAAUGAAAAAAUGAAACUAAAUAUGUCCAUUAGGGACACACAUCUACUGGUCAUCAUUGGUAUAGUCGUUGCAAUGGAAACGAUAGUGUUGAUAGUUUGGCAGUGUUUGUCACCACAUCUAGUGACAAGGCAGCUACUGGAUAGAGAGCAUAUGACCACAGACAGUGGGGACGAAUUGUUCAUGUUUUACCCUGUUUGUCAGUCGGAACACUCCUACCAUUUCAACUGGACUCUUCGAAUAAUGAAUGGUACCCUUAUAGCCUUCGGAGCUUUCUUGGCUUGGGAAACCAGACACGUUCAUAUAGACGCCCUAAACGACUCCAAGACGAUCGGCAUAUGUGUGUACAACGUUGUCAUUUUGAGUGCUGUGGAGCUGUUGCUGUCACUAGUGCUUCAGGAUAAACCAGUUGUACUGCUUGGAGUCACUUCCGUGUGCCUUUUCGCCGGAACUCUCGCCUCGGAGAUGUUGAUAUUCCUCCCUAAGAUGUUAGCUGUUUACAAGAUCUCGACCGCAACGCCACAGACUGCCGUGAUCACUAUAGAAACCAUUCAUAAUGAACGUAGCAAUACUGCACAUUGAAUAUUCACAAAUUAUUUCCCUGAACCAUCGCAAAUAAAUGUUACUGAAGACGAGAUAGAUUACCAACACACAUACAAUUACGGGUGGAUUGGAUAGACAUGGCAACAUACGAUUACUACGAGAUUUGAAUGACAACACACAUUGAACGAAGUUGAAUGAUAAUCAAACGAAAAUUCAAUUGUCUUUAACUUAUAUUUCAGUUCAAUUGUGAUGCUAUGGGGUUCCUUUUAACUUACACUUGAAUGCUGGGCCAAUUAUUCAAUUUUUAAUAUGUCGCGUGUGUGUUUGUUGUGCAAUUUGAUACUUGUAUAGUACAUUUGUUUAUGCUACAAUGUUUGUCAACUUGCUCAUUAUUAUUAUUAUUAUUAUUAUUAUUAUUAUUAUUAUUGCUAUAAAUUUAUUAUUAGUAGUAUUAUAGUAGUAGUAGAAGAAGUAGUAGUGUUUGUAUAAGUAGUAUUAGUAGUAGUAGUAGUAGUAGAAGUAGAAGUAGAAGUAGAAGUAGUAUUAGUAGUGGUAGUAGAAGAAGCAGUAGUAGUAGUAGUAGAAGUAGUAGUAGUAGUAGUAGAAGUAGUAGAAGUAGUAGUAGUAGUAGUAGUAGUAGUAGUAGUAGUAGUAGUAGUAGUAGUAGUAGUAGUAGUAGAAGUAGUAGUAGUAGUAGUAGUAGUAGUAGUAGUAGUAGUAGUAGUAGUAGUAGUAGUAGUAGUAGUAGUAGUAGUAGUAGUACUACUAUUAAUAUUAGAAUUAUUAAUAGUAGUAUUAUUGUAUUAUUAGUAGUAGUAUUAUUGUUAUCGUUAUAUUUGUAUUGUCCUGAACAUAAUUAUGAUAACACUGUAUUUAUAUAAAUGUGUAAUGUUUCUUCUGUUGCGCUACCUCUGGUCACUGUUGUUUUGACGGUGUGACAGCAGGUAUAAUUGUUUACAUUUUGACAUCUGUUCAAUAUACAAUUGUAUAUUUUUCAUCGACCAUUUAAAAACGGUUACCCAAUUUGUAAUACUGUAUGUGUGCUUUUUGUUGAAUAAUUGUGUACUAUUGUAAUUAGCAUUAUUAUUUUAACCGUGAAUUCUUAUAACAUUUUGGCGCUUAUUUGUGUGACCGCUGUUGACAU